AUGGCUGACUCGCACAAAAUUAAAACGUAUGUGGAACGACACGGUUGUGAGAUGUGUAGUAUAGAUAAGAUUUCAGUGUUGUCUUAUUUAUUGAUGAAACAACCCUACAACCCAAUUUUGUGGGUGCUGUAUUCAGUUUGCACGUAUUUGCAUGGUUGUAAGCCGAAAUCUUUUAAACAUCGCGAAAUUCGGAUUCGGGACUACUAUGUGGCAAGAGAACAUUGGUUAUCGGGAAGUUUUUCAGAUAUUCGCGACAUAAUCGCAAUUGACAAUGUUACAACAAAACAGCCUCGUACGUCGAUUGCUACAUUGUACGCUCCAGAUAUUCAAUCUUUAACACCCGCAGAAAGUUUAGUUAAUAUGAAAACGUUGUACAAUAUUCCUGUGGAAUGGAUACCCUAUAUUGCGACUUGUGAAAAUUUGUUUGUUUUGUUACCCUUCACAUUUUGCUGUCGUGAAGUUUUGAUACGUACAUCGACGAAAAUGGUACGUUGUCAGUCGUUGCAAUUAGAACCACAGUAUUUGGUUGACGACAUGUAUUUUCAUGUCGGUUGUGGUCCGUGUUGUGAUGGUAGUGAUGUUAUGGUUGAAGUAUUUGCAGCUCUACCGAUACAUGUGGGUAUUCAUAAUUUAAUGACGGUGAUUGCAGAAUAUGAUUUUAGAAAUCCUGCUGAAAUGUUAUACGCUGUGGGGCGGUAUGAACCUGUUUUACCUUAUUUUAUCAGUAAAGAUGAGCAUGAAGCAAUGAAGGGUUCAGAGGUUAGAAAGUAUUUAGCACAUAUUUUAGUAUGUAAAGAAUGUUAUAAAUAUUUGUUUGAUUUUUUAAUGUUGGUAGAUCAGAGUGUAUCACAUCACCCUUACCCAAAUCAUGUAGAUGUUUCGAAAGAUCGACUUAAUGAUGCGGGUAUUCCCAUCUUUGAGUAUGUGCUUGAUGCCGAGAUAAAUCCUAUUACGGUAUAA